ACCUUCCCCUCUUUUAUUAUUUUGUUUUCUUCCCAACAAUCCUGACGUGAUUUUCUCCCUCCUUUAAUCCUUCAAUAUAACCCCCAACUCCCAUCAUCUUAUCUCCCUCACUCAAUUUCUUCCACUCCCAUUUCUCUUUAAAAUCAAAAUGGGUAAAGGUUGUAGUACCUUUACUACAACCAUUCUUACUCUCUCUGUCCUCCUCUUCCCUUCUCUUUCAACCUCCGCCGCCUUCACUUACUACUCUUUCGAUGUCUCCGCCUCGCUCCGCUCCACCCUCAACCUCUUCUCCGCCGACAACGCCCAGCUUAACCAACAAGUACAUCAGCAGCCCGACAAAUAUGAUGACGGCACACUCUCUGUUGAAAUCCACCCACGAAUCUCCCUCCACGCCCACCACUACACAGACUACAAACAACUCGUGCAAUCCCGCCUCGCUCGUGAUUCCGCACAUGUCAAUUCUCUAGUUUCCAAGGCCGAGUUUAAACUCCGAGGCUUCUCGCGCUCGGCCCUUAAACCAAUGGAGGCCGUCCUCACCGCGGAAGACCUCGAGGCACCCGUCUCCUCCGGAACCAGCCUCGGCUCCGGCGAGUACUUCUCACGCGUCGGUGUCGGCUCCCCUUCAAAGGAGUACUUCAUGGUUAUUGACACAGGCAGUGACGUCAGCUGGCUCCAAUGUCAACCUUGCUCCGACUGCUACCAGCAAAGCGACCCAAUCUACACCCCUUCAUCCUCCUCUACUUACUCCCCUCUCACGUGCAGCACACGUGAGUGUUCCACCCUCGAGGUCAGCGCGUGCCGCAACAGCGCGUGUCUCUACCAGGUUUCCUACGGCGACGGGUCCUACACCGUCGGUGAAUUCGUCACCGAAACGGUGUCGUUUGGCACCUCAGGGAAAAUCCCAAAGGUAGCAAUAGGAUGCGGUCACGACAACGAAGGACUCUUCGUAGGUGCUGCCGGGCUUCUCGGGCUUGGUGGUGGCCCGCUCUCAUUACCCUCACAAAUCAAGGCUACCUCGUUCUCCUACUGCUUAGUCGACCGUGACUCCCCCAAAAGCUCUUCACUCGAGUUCAACUCCGCGAAACCAGCGGACUGCGUAACCGCGCCACUGAUCAAGAACAAUAAACUGAACACCUUCUACUACGUGGGACUCAGUGGGUUCAGCGUAGGUGGUCAGCAGAUCUCCGUCCCACCAACAUUAUUCGAUGUAGACGAGGGGGGUUCGGGCGGGGUUAUCGUUGAUUCAGGCACAGCCAUAACUCGGCUACCAACUCAAGCCUACAAUUCGCUUCGAACCGCAUUCACUCGGCUAACGCCGCACCUAAAGUCAACAACGGGAGUAGCACUGUUUGAUACUUGUUACGAUUUCUCGUCAAUGAGUAGCGUUAAAGUUCCGACGGUUGCUUUCCACUUCGCCGGCGGACAAUCCCUUGAUUUACCGGCGAAGAAUUACUUGAUUCCGGUGGACUCAGCAGGAACGUAUUGCUUUGCAUUCGCUGAAACGACGUCGUCUAUGUCGAUAAUAGGGAAUGUACAACAACAAGGGAUACGUGUUCAUUACGAUCUUGCUAGAUCUCAAGUUGCUUUUUCGCCGAAUAAUUGCUAACGUUAUGAAAAGUUAGAUGAUAAUUUUAAUUAAUAAUUGUAUUAAAUGUUAUUGGGGAAAAGAUGUACAAUUACGAUUGUAUCCUUUGUAAUUUAGGGGGAAUUGAAAACGAAGAGGAAUUAGAUUCCCUGGUGGUUGGGUAAGUGUGAUUAAAGUAGUGAGGGGCCCACGUUGAAUAAGUGUUAGUGAAAUGUGGGUCCCAAUGCAUGCAAAUUGACGGGUUUGUUGUUAAUGUAACAAGUACUGUACUCCUACUUGCUCAGUUGCUCGUGUAGUAAUUGUCCAUUAGUGUUAUCGACUGUACUGUCACUAUUUAGUGUUUUUUUGAGUUAAUUAUAUACUUUUAAGCUUAAAAUUCUCUGUUA